CUUCCGGCUUUGCUCCGGCGCUGCGGCCAUUGUCCAGCUCGAAUGCUACUAAGGCCGCUUUGGUUCGUCCCUCUCGCACUUGAGUGUUGGAGAGGCCCCGUCUGCAGCAAGGAAGAGAAGCCGGGACGAGCCCCAAGUGGGCCUCAGGGGGCGGAAUUUGGAACCCCGAGGAGCCCCUGACAGGGAGCCGGGCCCGACGAGGCAGGAAUGGCCCCGAGGCCGCGGACCGCCGCGCCCCAGGAAUCACUGACAUUUGAAGAUGUGGCUGUGGACUUCACCCAGGAAGAAUGGCAUCAUAUGAAUCCUGCUCAGAGGUGCUUGUACAAGGAUGUGAUGCUGGAAAACUAUAGUCACCUUGUUUCUCUUGGAUAUCAAGUAUCCAAACCAGAGGUGAUCUUCAAAUUGGAGCAAGGAGAAGAGCCAUGGAUAUCAGAGGGAGAAAUCCAAAGAACAUUAUGUCCAGACUGGAAAACCAGAGCGGAAGCCAAACCAUCAAAUCUGCAGAGCAUAACUGGGAUAUCCUAUAGCACAGAUAAUUUCUCACAUUCUGCUUUAGAAAACACUUGUGUUGUUAGUAACCACCUAAAAAAGCACCAAGGAAACUGGAAACAAAAUCUGGAACUGGAUGCAUCCUCUCAGAAGAAAAUAAUUACACGAGAGGCAAGUCUUGUGCAAAAUAAACUUAGUGAAAAAUCUAAAUUUAGCACAGACUUGGUUGCACAACUAAACAUAUUUUCAGGACCUAAUGAAUGUGAUAGACUUGGAGGCAACUUGGGUCAUAAUUCAGACUUAUUUAAUCAGAAUAAUAUGCUUGUAAAAAAGAAACCUUAUAAAUGUAAUAAAUGUAGAAAAGCCUUUAUUCAUAGGUCAUCACUUACUAAACAUGAGAAGACUCAUAAAGGAGAGGAAUCAGUCCCCAAUGGCACAGAUCAGGGGAUUUUUCCUGGAAAGAAACAACAUAAAUGUGCUGACUGUGGAAAAACUUUCCUCUGGAAGACACAACUUACUGAGCAUCAGAGAAUUCACACUGGGGAGAAACCCUUUGAAUGUAAUGUGUGUGGGAAGGCCUUCAGACACAGUUCAUCCCUUGGUCAGCAUGAGAAUGCUCACACUGGAGAAAAGCCCUAUCGGUGUAAUCUCUGUGGUAAAGCCUUUCAGCGUAGUUCCUCUCUAGUUCAACACCAGAGAAUUCACACUGGUGAGAAACCUUAUCGAUGUAAUUUAUGUGGGAGGUCUUUUAGGCAUGGCACAUCACUCACUCAGCAUGAAGUCACUCACAGUGGAGAGAAGCCCUUCCAGUGUAAGGAAUGUGGGAAAGCCUUUAGUCGUUGUUCUUCCCUUGUCCAGCAUGAGAGGACUCAUACAGGAGAGAAACCUUUUGAAUGUAGUAUAUGUGGGAGGGCUUUUGGUCAGAGUCCAUCACUUUAUAAACAUAUGAGGAUUCAUAAGAGAGGCAAACCUUACCAAAGCAAUGACUAUAACUUGGGUUUAAUGCACAACACCUCUUUUACUAAAGAUGAAAACACUCUCACUGACAUAAAAUCCUAUCAUUGUAAUGACUGUGGGGAAGACUUCAGUCAUAUUUCAGAAUUUACUGAGCAUCAGAAAAGUCAUGUUGGAGAGAACCCUUAUGAUUGUGAGCAAGCUUUUAAUCAAUCUGUUUCUCAUCCCGGAGAGAAACCUUAUCAAUGUAAUGUGUGUGGUAAAGCUUUCAAAAGGAGUACAAGCUUUAUAGAACACCACAGAAUCCAUACUGGAGAAAAACCCUAUGAGUGUAAUGAAUGUGGAGAAGCCUUUAGCCGACGCUCAUCACUUACUCAGCAUGAGAGAACCCACACUGGAGAGAAACCGUACGAAUGUAUUGACUGUGGGAAAGCCUUUAGUCAAAGUUCCUCCCUCAUUCAGCAUGAGAGAACUCAUACUGGAGAAAAACCUUAUGAAUGUAAUGAAUGUGGACGAGCCUUCCGAAAGAAAACCAACCUGCAUGAUCAUCAGAGAAUUCAUACAGGAGAAAAACCCUAUGCGUGUAAGGAAUGUGGGAAAAAUUUCAGUCGAAGCUCAGCUCUUACUAAACACCAGAGAAUUCAUACACGAAAUAAAUUAUAGGAGCCCUGAAGUUUAGGAAUGUGCUAGAAAUCUUAUCUAACAUUGUUCUUCACUAUCAAGAUUUUUACUGGACAGAAAACAUGAAUGUAGUGAAUUAUGUGUUUAUGUUGCAUAUGGAAAAAACUUGUUAGUAGACUUUUUUAAAAUAAAAAUCACAUUCUCAGCUCUGAUGAUAGAUUUUCAUAAAAACAAUGACAAAUAUCGGCUGAAAGUGAUAGGCCUAUAUAUUGGACUUUGUAAAACUUUUGAAUGUAUGUGCAGGAGAUCACCAACUUCAGCAGUUUUACUUGUUAUUCUCUUGUUUACAGCCUUCCCCCCCUUUAUAAAUAGAACACCUGCAGUAUUUGUCAAAGCUAAUUUUUAAAACUGCCUGACAACUGCAUUUAUCUAUAACUCUUAACAUUAAUCCACCACAAACUAGUUCCACAUCCAGAAAAGCAUCAGAGAUUUAGUCAGCUGAUCCAACUGUACAGAUGAAGAGACUAAAAGCCAAAGAUGUGAAAUGACUUGUGAUGUGCGCCGUGUGAUAUACCUUAAAAUAAAAGCUUGGUGGAGAGUACAGGUUCCUGAGUCUUGGGGCCCAUGAUCUUGCCACUGUUAAAUAUAUUUUGGAAUUCAGAAGACUUUAAGUUUAACAAUAAAUCAUGUGCACAAUUAA